AGCCCCGGGGCCGCCCGCUGCGAGGUGCCCCCGGGCGACCGCUUCGACUGCGGCGCCGAGCGGCUGCUGGCGCGGGCGGACUGCGAGGCGCGGGGCUGCUGCUACGCGCCCGCCGGCCCCGGGCGCCCCGACGGCGGCGGCGGCGGCGGCGGGCCGCCCUGGUGCUUCUUCCCCCGCGGCUACCGCAGCUACCGCGCCGAGAACCUGACGGCCACCGCCGGCGGCUACACGGCCCUGCUCCGCCGCUGCGCCGCCAGCUUCCUCCCCGGGGACGUGGGCACCCUGCGGCUCGACGUGGCGCUGGAGACCCGCAGCCGGCUGCGCUUCACGCUCCGCGACCCGGCCAGCCAGCGCUACGAGGUGCCGCUGGACACGCCGCGGGCGAGCGCCCGGGCUGCCGCCACGCUCUACGGGCUGCAGUUCAGCGAGGAUCCCUUCGGCCUCGUCGUCUACAGGGAGUCCACGGGGAAGGUGCUGCUGAACACGACUGUGGCACCUCUGUUCUUCGCAGACCAGUUCCUGCAGAUUUCUACUUCCUUGCCAUCUCAUUUCAUCGCUGGGCUAGGGGAACAUCUGACAUCACUAAUCCUCAACACGUCAUGGACCAAAAUCACGCUGUGGAAUCGGGACAUGGCACCCACACCCCAGGUCAAUCUCUAUGGCUCCCACCCCUUCUACCUGGUGAUGGAGGACGGAGGUUUGGCCCAUGGAGUCUUCCUGCUGAACAGCAAUGCCAUGGACGUGGUUCUGCAGCCCAGUCCAGCCUUGACUUGGCGAACGACGGGUGGGAUUCUGGAUUUCUAUGUCUUCCUGGGCCCGGAUCCCAAGAGUGUCGUGCGGCAGUACCUGGAUGUUGUUGGGUACCCCUUCAUGCCCCCAUAUUGGGGCCUGGGAUUCCACCUCUGCCGCUGGGGCUACUCCUCCACUGCUAUUACCCGAGAGGUUGUGAUCAACAUGACAGCAGCCCGGUUCCCCUUGGAUGUGCAGUGGAAUGAUUUAGAUUACACGGAUGCCAAGAGAGAUUUCACAUUCAACAAGAAAACCUUCAAGGACUAUCCGGACAUGGUGCGGGACUUUCACCAGAGUGGCCUGAGGUACAUCAUGAUUGUGGAUCCAGGGAUCAGCAGCUCUGGGCCUCCUGGCACCUACAAACCCUAUGAUGAUGGACUGAAGCGAGGGGUAUUCAUCCUAAAUGCCACUGGACAGCCCCUGAUCGGGAAGGUGUGGCCAGGCCCAACAGCCUUCCCAGAUUUUACCAACCCAGAGACACAUGAGUGGUGGUAUGACAUGGUGAAGGAGUUCCAUGACCAAGUGCCCUUUGAUGGCAUGUGGAUUGACAUGAACGAGCCAUCGAACUUUGUGGAGGGCUCUCAGGACGGCUGCCCCAGCAACAACUUGGAGGACCCACCCUAUGUGCCAGGUGUGUUUGGGGGACGCCUUCAAGCAGGAACCCUUUGUGCCUCUAGCCAGCAGUACCUGUCCUCUCACUACAACCUCCACAGUCUGUAUGGGCUGACAGAAGCCAUUGCUUCCCAUGACGCACUGGUGAGGAUCCGGGGGAAGCGCCCCUUCGUGAUCUCACGAUCCACAUUUGCUGGUCACGGGCGCUAUGCUGGUCAUUGGACGGGGGAUGUCUGGAGCAACUGGGAACAGCUGUCCUACUCCAUACCAGAGGUGCUGCUCUUCAAUCUCUUUGGUGUGCCGCUGGUUGGGGCGGAUAUCUGCGGUUUUGCGAGUGACACAACUGAAGAGCUGUGUGUGCGCUGGACCCAGCUGGGUACCUUCUACCCCUUCAUGAGGAAUCAUAAUGAUCACGGCAACCGGCCUCAGGAGCCGUAUGCCUUCAGCCCAGCUGCUCAGAAUGCCAUGAGGAAGGCCCUCUACCUCCGCUACUCUCUGCUCCCAUACCUCUACACCCUGUUCCACAAAGCUCAUUCUGCUGGGGAGACAGUGGCGCGGCCGCUCUUCCUUGAGUUCCCAAAAGACCCUAACACCUGGACUGUAGACCGCCAGCUCAUGUGGGGUGCAGGGCUCCUCAUCACACCAGUGCUUGAGGCAGCAAAGACCAAAGUCAGUGGCUACUUCCCGGCAGGAACCUGGUACAGCUUAGCUGGGGACUCAACUAUCCACAGCAAAGGCCAGUGGAUCCUCUUACCAGCUCCUCUGGACACGAUUAAUGUGCAUGUCCGAGCAGGACACAUCCUGCCUCUGCAGGAGCCUGCGUUUAGAACUGUUGAGUCCCGGAAGAAGGGGAUGACAUUGAUUGUGGCACUGAUGACAGAUGGGUUUGCCAGGGGUGACCUGUUCUGGGAUGACGGGGAGAGCUUGCAGACCUUCGAGAACGGGGACUACACACAGAUCGUCUUCUUGGCGACGCACGGCAUCGUGCUCAGCGAGCUUUUGCAGGUAAACGACCAGGUAGAUGGGCUGCUACUGAAGGCUGUGACCGUGCUGGGCGUCACAAGUCCUCCUCAGCAAGUCCUGGCCAAUGGUGCCCUUGUGGAUGACUUCUCCUAUCACAGUGACACCCAGGUGCUGACUAUCCCUGUGUCACUGCCGAUGUGGGAGCAGUUUUCAAUCACUUGGUCUUGAGGCCUGCCUGCCUCCGUGUGUAGCACAUCUCCACUGUAUACUGCAGGGCAGAGCAUUAUGAUAUGGUUGCUCUCAUAGGCUGAAUUUGGCCUUUUCUUUUUAAAAGCAAAGCUGGAUUCCCUCUUGUCCUCAAAGCCUGGCUCUUGUCUUUGAAUCUGGCUUUGUUUCUUGCUAAAAUGAGUUAGAUUUGAAAUGCUUGGGCUCUUUACCAGAGGUGCUUCUGAGGGCUUGCAGAACCCCAGGGGAUGGGGAACCCUGAUUACAGGAAAAGAAACCCAAAUGCCUGCUGAGACAAGAAACCUGUUAAUGUGCCAAAGUUGUUAACCUGUCAAGGGACUACAGAGAAUCUCUUGAUUGUGUCUUUGGAAUGGAUACAGGCAAGAGGCUGAGCCCCUUUUGCAUGUUGGGCUUACAUGUUUAGCAUCUGAGCCAAGCUCAGAGCAUUUGCUGGGCGUGGGAGGUGAAAGCUGGGGAAAAGGGUUUGGGAGCUGUAGAGCCUUCAGCCACCAGUGUUGGUGAGGGUUCAUGCUCCAAUGACCGAGAUGUGCUGGGACUCUGCAGCGUUUCCCUUGCUGCUGAACCCUGGGUGAAGCCAGGACCUGCGUCUCCAGCAAGGGCUGAGAAGGGACCAUCUAUCUGCAUGUGGGUGUUUAGCGAGGUGGAAGUACUGUGAAUAAAGAGUAGGUCUGUCUGUCCUGUUGAGCUUCAUUUGCCUAUUCUAAAAUAGGUGCUACCCUCUGGGAGAAACUGUCAUGGUUUGCUCCCCACGUCUCGUUGAGAGCUCCAAGCUGACAGAGUGCCCAGCCAAGGCUGUGAAUAGCCUGCAGGAGGAGCUGACGCAGGAGAAAAGGCAAUGAGUGGUCCUGCUGCAUCACCGCAGCCAGCUCAAGGGAGGUGUGAUCCAGCUAGAGGCCCCAAACAGAAGCUUGACCGGCAUCCAGGCUAAAUAUGACCGCAUGAAGAGGGAGGUCAGCACCCACUUUCAUGAGGGGCUGAAGCUGAAGGACGCUGCUAGAGCUGCAGCCCCACUGGCUGCUCCUGGGGCCCUUCUGACAGCUCGGGGCCAGGCCAAAACAUCUGCUUGGAGCUGGCCCGGCUCUGGCUUCUUGCUCCGGAUAUCCCAGCCUGGCUCACAAUUCUCUGCAGUCCCCAGGCACACACACUUCAGAGAUGCUGUACAUUUUUUUAUAUUUUGCUAAAUUAAAUGUUACUGGCACUGA